AUGGGAGCUGCAGCUCCUCAGAACUACAUCAAGCACGAGACGGCUCGUCCAGUCAAGAGAGAAGCUUCCCUCAUUGCGCAAGAUUCUGUGCAAAAAUUGCAGUCUGCGCCAUCUUCAGCCGUUCCUCCAUUGCCACCUGCGCCAAACCCGCCCGUUCCUCCGGCACGACCUCCGGUAGGACCUAGAAGACAGCUGUCCCAACAGUCCAGCACGGACGAGUCUCUAGGCAUCGAAGACACAAUGACAAGCUUGAAGAAAACUUUUGCUGGAAUAUUCGGGGAUAUGUGA